CAUCCUCCAGAUACCCAUUCCCCCAGAAGAAUAGCUAAAGUUACAGAACUGAGGUCACCAGCUCAGUGCCUUGUCCUGCACAGAGGAGAGCAGAGCCAAAACUCUGCACUGGGAGGAGUCCCGGGUGGUGAUUUUCCUCAAAGACAUCAACAGAGACACUGUGCCUGGCCUCCCCUCAGCUUCUGGAGGCUACACCCUAACCCCACCUAAAUGGCAGGCACCUGGGACUGUGGAGCCCACAGCCCAGGUCUGAUCCACAGAAGAUUUCUAUAUGCCGGGAGAUGCCCAGCCUGGAGGUAAUCACACUCAGUGUCAACAGUGUCUCCACCCUGGAACCCGUGCGUGGCUGCCGACGCCUGAGCGAGCUGUACCUGAGGAGGAACCGCAUCCCCAGCCUGAACGAGCUCUUCUACCUGAAGGACUUGCCACACCUCCGGGUACUAUGGUUGGCCGAGAACCCGUGCUGCGGCGCCAGCCCACACCUCUACCGCAUGACCGUGCUGCGUAACCUGCCCCACCUGCAGAAGCUGGACAACCAAGCCGUGACGGAGGAAGAACUGACCCGCGCACUGAUGGAGGGCGAUGAGAUCACCGCCGCCCCCAGCAGAGAAGGCGCAGGCAAUGGCUGUCCCAAGCCCCCGUACAACCUCAGCUCUGUCGGCUCUGCCACUGAGACCAGCCAGCGCCUGCUGAGCUACACAGAGGAGACAGAAGUCCAGGGCCAGACUGCCUCAGACCAAUCUCCUUCCUUCUCACCAAGGGACACUAUGAAGAAUCCCAAGAAUAGGAACAUCCUGACCGCCAUAUUGCUGCUGCUGCGGGAGCUGGACACGGAGGGGCUAGAGACCGUCCAGCAGACUGUGGGCAACCGGCUACAGGCACUGCACAGACUGGAGCCCCAGGAAGACAUGGAGUGACUUCACAUGCGCCAGGAUCUGGACCCUGUUACGUCCUGAGGAAAUACAGCUCUGCCUGGAAAGCCUCCCUCUGGGUUCCCAGUGCAGAUGCAGUGGCUGCCGGCCAGGCCGACCCCUCUCCUGUGCUUAGAGCUGGCAGAGAUGCUGCCCACCAACAUGGCCCCUGGGACUUACCUGCUGAGGCCUCGAUGCCCUGGGCACCGUCUGACCCUGCCUCAGGGGAGGACUGUACAAGCCAUACCCUCCAAUAAAGCACUGUCUGUCUGGGCUGGAAGGUCUGGGGCAGGAAGCAUCUCAGCGGCGGGCAGGGCCUUGACCCCAGGGUUAUGCUGUUUCUCAGCCACUAGGGGGAGCCCUGGUAUCCCUGUAGCAAGCCUCCCUGGGAACUGCCUGGAAUAUCCCACAGGGCACUAUGUCCCAGGUGUCCUUAGACAUAGCCUGGGAGAAUGGAUUUCUUUCAGGACAAGGCUGGGCAGGACACUGUCCUGUUUCUUUCUUCAGGAGAGUGAUGUCACCUAGGUAGAGGGACUGUUGGGGACAUCCAGGGUCGCUCAUCAUUCUGAGGUGCCAGAUACCAUCAACAAAGCUGUGUUUGUUAGAGCAAUUUGGGGAGGCCCCGUAGCUUACCCAGGCAGGGCCACCUUAGUGCCACUCUGGGGUGACCUGCCACAAGGAAGGUACCAGCUCUGCUGAGUCUCCAAUCCCUGACCCCCACCACCAGCCACAAGGAAGGUAUCAAGGUUAACAUAUGUAAAACGACCUGAGGAAGGGCCAAGGGACAGGUAGAGCAGCGUGUGAAGAAGCCUGCUGCAAACAGUAGCUGGCUGUGUAGGUGACCUGUAAGGGUCUUAAUGCUGAAGGGUCAGGGCAGCUGGGCCCUUGGCUCGGCUCCACCACUGGCCCCCUUCCAAACAUGGGAAUACUUUCUCUCUUAAUAAACUGUUUCUACCAGU